AUGGCUGCCACUUAUAGAGAGCUAACUGACGGAAGAGAAUUCGAAAUUACUGCCGGCGACUAUUGUGAAGAUGAUUAUAAUCUUAGUAAGGAUGAAUUUCCCAUGGAUGAGAUACAAAAGUAUGUCAAUUUCGAUACAUUGGAUGUCGAUGUGGAUGAGGAAGGCAAGGUUGUAUGCUUUGCCGAUUUGAGGCAAAAAAUGUCUCCAGUUACAACGGACAAGAGAAUAAUGAAAAGAAUGAAAAAGCAAGGGAUGGGAGAAAUGAUAUCGAACGCUGGUGUGGUGUAUUACCACUACAGUGCCUACGUCAACCUUCAAGAGGAGCCUUUCGAUAACUCUUAUCUCCGUCGGCACCGAAGACCUGAGAGGCUCGUCUUGGGUAAAGGAGAAGCUCUUAUCGGGGUCGAACUAGCACUAAAAACUAUGAAGAAAGGAGAGGUCUCUCAAUUUAUUGUGGAACCUGAGUACGCUUUCGGGAAGCUGGGGUGUCCCCCAAGAGUGCCUCCAGAAUCUACAGUUCUUUUCGACAUUGAGGUUAUUGAUUAUACGGAGCUAUCCGAUUGCACAGAACCAGAAGCUAUAGACAUCGAAGAAACAACAGAAGAAAAGUACAAGCGAUUAUACAAAGCAGCAAAGGAUAACCAUGCUUUAGGAAAUGACUUUUUCAAGAAAUUGAACUAUAGAAUGGCUGCUGUACGGUACAGGAGGUCAAGAGAUAUUUUGUUGGAAGCUAUUUGCAAAAACGAGGAAGAUGAAAAAGUUAAAAAUCAUUUACUCGCGAAAGUACUUUCAAACUUGGUUAUAUCAUAUUCUAUGCUGAAGAAGCCAAAUCUAGUAUGCAUGACAUGUCGGGAUGCGUUCUAUUUCAAUGAAGAAGAAGCAACGAAAAAUCCCAAACUGUAUUACUUUUGGGGCUUAGCUUUGAUGGAAUUUGGUGAUUAUGAAUUGGCAAAAAUUAAACUCAAAAAAGCGUUGAGGCUCCAACCGAAUAGUAUGGAGAUCAAAGAAGCUCUCAAGAAGCUGGAUGAUAAGCAGAAACAGUACAAAGAUACAUCUCGAAUAAUUUUUCAAAAAGCUUUUGGAUUCAGCGGUGAACCAGAAAAGAAGGCAGUUGAUGAAGAGGAGCCAAAAACAGAUCAGGAGAUGUAUUCAAUCCUGCAGAGCGCUUUCCAGGAAGCAAAUUCAAAUGGAAUUGCUCAAAUAACCCUUCCAUCUAGUUUGCAAGACAGCAUUCUGGAUAUGUGUUCGGAACUUGUCACUAAAGACCUUCAGUUUUUCGUAAGAGGAAAUAAACUGGUCAUUUCUAAGAAAGCUUGAUAGAAGAAUCGUCAUUCUGCAUAUGAAUUCAUUCUAUAUAUACAGAGUGUACCCCGAAAGCUGUAACAGCCAAAGACCAUAGAUUCAACAAAAAUUUGCAACUAUGUCCUGUAAAAUGUUCUUAUAUCGACCUUAGUUUUCGUGAUCUAUCAAUUUUUCUAUAUUUUUGAAAAACGUCAAUAACAAAAAAAAUCGCUCAGACAAAAUCCAAUUUUAAAGAUAUGGUUGGAAAGAGGAAGACAUUUUUAAUAAGAUUCAUAUAAUUUGUUCCUUUAUUUUACGUUUUUGAACUUUCUAUGAGCGCUCAAACUUGAAAAAGUGCAUUCGUCGAGUUCAAAGUCAAAUUUCAAACAAUUUUUUUCGUUUUUUUUCAUGUUGACAAUAUAUUUUUAAUAAUUGAAAAACUUUGCCAUUUUGUAAGCUUUAGAAUGAGUAUAAACUUGUUAGGAAAAUGUCAAUACCAAAGUAAUGAAAACUGCAAAUAUCGUGGUCUUCGGUUGUUACAUCUUUCAUGGGACAUUCUGUAUUAGUGUUCUACAUUAAUCAAAUAUAUAAUUAUUUGAAAAUUUUCAUACUUUUAUACUGUAGUUUUUGUUUUCCAUAAUUUUUCUCUGAUUAUCAUCGUAAGAAGGACGUCACUAUGACAUUUCAGCCCAGAUUCAUAUUAUUAAUGUGCGGUGUCAUUAAUCUCCAAUCUGCCUGUACCAUCGGUUCGUGUUUCAUUGAAUGCUCUUAUUUGGAAAAUCACAUUCUGUUUACUGUGAUUCAAUUUAAAAGUUCAUUUUUUGUUCCUUCUGUUAUUAAGUUUGAAUUUUUGGUUAAAAUCAGACGCUUGUUGUAGUUCAAUCAAAACUUUAUAGAAGUUAGGUAACAGAGAUUUGUCCAAUUCAUGGCAAAUAUGUGUGUUAAUAGUGCAUUUUUGGAAUAUUAUGUUCUACUUUUAAUAUUAUUUAAUUUAUCGAUUUUUUCAAAAGAAAUUACAUUGUUUCCUUGCUUUUGUCGUUCAAAUCAAUUAUCUUCUUAUAUUAUUGCAACGCAAUCUUGAUUAUUUCAAUCAAUAAUUAAAGGGGCUGAUUAUUCGAUUUAUGUAUUUUUGUUAGCAUCUUAAUCUUUGAUUUAUGAGUUCUAGUUAUUCUUUGUUUUUUAAAGAUUUUAUAGUACAUGAUAAUAAUUGUUUUUCGUAGGAGCUCCUACCCUCUAAAAAGUAUGUCGUUUUUAAGUUCUUGUUUUGAUAAUAUGUUUGAAAAAAUUUCAUCUUUGUGCAUUGACAUUUUUAUCCAAUUGUGUUUUUUCAAGUUUAAUUAAAAUGGUGGAAUAAAGUUUGUGUAUAUUC